CAGUGCAAAGGAGGAGAUUAUAUAAGGAGAAUAGUUUUAAAUAAACUGUUCAGUAAAGAAAUAUCAAGUUGUUGUGGUAUUGAGCUGCAAUUUUCUGGAGAUAUUAUUUAGUCAUCAAUAAAUAUCAAUAAUAAUCAAUAAAGUUUAUAAAAUAAAACUAAUUAGUGAAAUUAGUUUAUAAAAUAAAAAAUCAUGAUUAAAUAUUGUGUCCUUGCUCUGCUUGCGUGCAACUCAGUUUUCGCAGCUCAGGUUGAUAAGUGCAAAGACCCUACAAAUCGGAAUGGAACUUAUGGGCUUGCUGAAAUUGAAGAUGUAAGAAUUAGUGAAUGUCCAGAUUCUCCUUGUAAGCUGAUAAAAGGAACCUCGACCACCAUUGAGUUUGAUUUUAUACCAGACAAGGUUUACGACAAGCUGACCACUUCUGUGUUUGGAGGGAUUGGCAUUAUCAGGGUGCCCUUCAGGGAUGUCCAUGGGAUGGACGCUUGCAAGGAUAUUCAGCGAAAAAGUGACGGGAAGAAGGGCUGCCCGCUCCUCCCCCUGGAAGUGUACACCUACUCCAACUCCUUCCCAAUUCUGAAAUCUUAUCCUGCCGUAAGCGUCAAUGUUCAGUAUGGCCUGAACGAUAGGAAGACUCCAGUCGUGUGCUUCACACUUCCAGCAAAGAUUACCACCUGAAUUAAAUACAAUAUUGCACAUCUCACUUUGUGUGUUUACUGCACCGUCGUCUACUUUUGCCCUUUCCACGUUUUAAAAUGUACUUCACGGAGCUUCAACAAGGAGACCUUUACCUUUAUUUUGUAAUUUUACCCGUGACCAUGUGUUCUUCAGUUUGCUGCUGAAAAGUUGGCAUUCAAAAGUAAUUAAAAAUUCAAACCUUUGUAACGUAGAGAGUACUAGGUUUGUAACGGCUUUGAACUUGUCCUUAUGAAAUAGUAAGAACUUUUAGCUUAUUGUAUGUGCUACCGAAAGGAAUCUGGAUGUUUUGUUCAUAGAAAAUAGAACCACUUUAAGAAAUAAAUGCGCUCAAGCAUCAAAGAGUU